GCUUCUCAUGUAAUCGUUUUGUAUUGUGAUAAAAAAUGACUAUAAAAUCUUUACUUAAUUGGGGAGGAUUAACGAAAAGUAUCAGUAUACCAUCAGACCGAUGGCACAGUGGUUGGGAUCAUGAACACAAAUAUCAUGGGCAUCACAAAGGUGACAAAGGAUCAGCAGCAUUAAGCGCAUUAGCUCUUCUGGCUUUUUUGUUUCUUAUCAAUGUGAUGCAACAAUCUCUAAACGAAUUCAAUACCAACAAUAGUGUUCCGAAUCCUGCUGGUGGUACAGCUGUGCUUUUGCGAGAAGAAAAUGUUCCUGUAGUUGUCACGAAUGAUAAAAAUACCGAAAAUUUAAGAGAAUUAAAAAAAGUAGAGGAUAGUAAAAACAAGGGGUCUAUCAUGUUCAUAAAGGGUGACACGCUUGGCUAACUCAUAAUGUGAAAAUCAAUAUAAUAGACUUGAAUUCCUUUCCAACACUUUCUUAUAAUCAAAAA